GUGCUACUGCUGCUACUACAGUCGUUGGCUGGCUGACCGUUUUGUUAGAAGUGUAGUGUCAAAUUGAUUGUUGUUUCAUUCAUUCAAGUUUUUCCUCCGGAGCUGAGGGUUCGUCUAUUGUUUCACCGCAGCAGCCGCACCUACUUAGCUGCGCUAACGGGAUUGUGCGAUUGUGUGCCGUACCGUGCGUGGGUGUAAACCGGAAGGAUUGGUACAUAUCACGAGUGCAGCGUGCAAUGGAUUGCUAAUUAGAAGUCCUGGCUAUGGAAGCGGGAUUCGCGUUCUAAGCACAGAGUUAAACUCCGCUUAGCAGUGUAUUGUACGAUUUUUGGGAAAAGUUCAGAAGCAGGAAACGAGAAGAAAAGUCUGAUUGAAACAGACUUGUUUUUUGUUUUUGUUGCGCUGUGAAUAGUGUGUUCGUUUAGCUUGAAGGCUAGUUAAUAAAACCUAACAUUUAUGCCGAGUGGUGAAUCCAGUGUAUGGCGACUAUAGUUUUCAGAGGAAAAAUACAUUUUGCUCAUUUCCAAGCGAUUCCUAGAAAAACCGAAACAAGGGAAUCCUCGACACAAUCGCUGUGGUGAGACUGAGAUUAAAUUACCUACGUGUGUGCGUGCCGUGGAAAAAGAGAUAACAACAGGCAGUGUCCUUUUUCAGAAAUAUUCUCAACGCACCACGCGUCAAUGAUCGAUGACGGACAAUCGAAUAGCGAACGGAAGCUUCCACAGUUCAUCGACGGCGCUCCUUGUCGCACCAAAACGCUAACGCAGAACCACAGAAGAAGUGAACCGACACGUGAUCGGAAUCGAAACCAGUGACCGGUUCCACCCACACUACGGGACACACACACGGGGACCGAAGAAACAUACAGUAGCGAUCACUGUACAGAUUUCGAAAUUUCGUCGCCGUGCUCGAUCAAUGCGGUCAUACGUUAUUGGAACGUAUUAUUGAUCGUUCCUUUGUAGAAGAAAAACUCUAGUAAUAAUUAUUCAACGUCAGUCAGUGCUGCUGCCGUUAGGUUGUCCGGAAUCCUUCCCAUCUUGGUCGAAGAGCGAGACGACAACGAUAAUAACAUCACAGUUCGGUCAGUAACAGACUGAUCGUCGCGUGUGUUGGUGUUUGAAAAUUUUCCCGUGAUCGCAGUGAUACUACCCUACCCGUCGUAGUCGUCGCCGUCGCCGUCGCUGCUACUACACUAUCAGUGCUUCAUUGUGCAUCGUUCACUCAGUCAGUCUAUUAUCAUCUCGCUGUUAUCUCGUAGUUCGUGUGUGCAUGUAUCUGUGUUUAUCUAGUAGCCAUUCGUGGAAGCAAGCAAUCAACUGCCGUUUGUUUUAGUAUUUCUCGCCGUUGCUGUCAUAAGUCAGCUUAGUAACCAUUCGCCGCUGGUAAAUGUAAUACCAAGAAAAAAGCAAAAGUAAUAUUAUUAUGAUUAAGAGUGGCACAUAACCGAGAUAAUAAUUGGUGGUGUCACGGGCUGAAUCAGAAAAUAUACAACACAACUGGCUGCCUGAGGCGUUUUCGUAAAAGCUGAGUCGGUGCCGGUUCUACUGCCGAAGAAAGUGCGUUUACUCGAAGCGAAGUGGCGCGCGGCUGCAUUAGGCUCGACCAAGAGCAGUUCCACGACGGUCUUCGUGGUCCCGCGUGUUUAGCUCUAUUGUGUGUGUGAGAGAGUGCUCAAGAGUGGUAAUUGCUUGCGCCCAUUUAUUGCUCGUUUUAUUUUUCGAUGAUUUUGUAAUGAUCAGUUGAAAGCAGUGCAAAAGAUCAAAGCAAAAAAAAGGUGUUUUCAGUGAUUUUAUGUAUUGGUGAUUUUGCCUACCACUGUUGUUGGUGCUGUUGCUGAAGAAGAAGGUGAAAAUCGAGGGCGAAAAGCGUGGAAAUUUCACCCAGCUUUUGUUGUUUUGUUUUAUCCGUUUGUCCGUGUGUGAGUGUUUACGGUUUGCGAUCGACAGCAACCGAUCGCGCCCUGGUAAAGUGUACCAGCCGAGCAAAACCGGAGGCACCGAGUGAGCUGAGUGAGGCCGUUUCGACAGUGUAAACAAAAGUCGGAGCAAAAUGCGCGAAUUCAAGGUCGUUGUACUGGGCUCCGGCGGAGUUGGCAAAUCGGCCCUCACCGUGCAGUUCGUGUCCGGUUGCUUCAUCGAAAAGUACGACCCAACGAUCGAGGAUUUCUACCGGAAAGAGAUUGAGGUGGACAACUCUCCCUGCGUGCUAGAAAUUUUAGACACUGCCGGCACCGAGCAGUUUGCGUCGAUGCGGGAUUUGUACAUUAAGAACGGUCAUGGCUUUAUCGUUAUGUACUCGCUAACGAAUCACCAGACAUUUCAGGAUAUCUCCAGUAUGCGAAAUGUGAUCAGUCGUGUGAAAGGUAGUCAACCAGCACCAAUCCUCCUAGUCGCCAAUAAACUAGAUUUAGAUUGCCAAAGAGAAGUUUCAACAGCAGAAGGAAGCGCCCUCGCCGAACUGUGGGACUGCCCGUUCAUCGAAGCCUCCGCCAAGGACAGGAUCAACGUGAACGAAGUGUUUGCUACCGUUGUCCGAGAAAUGAACAUGACCUCCGAGAAGCGCCAGAAGAAGAGUUACUGUUGUUGUACAUUAUUAUAGAAGUGGCAUUAAAAGCGUAAUUUUAACCCCCCUCGUAAUCGUAAUUUAAUACUAUGAUAAUUGAAAUUAAUAUAAUUGCAAACGGAGCAACAAAAAAAAAAAAAGAAAACAGAAAACCAAGCAAAAGAAAAAGCAACACACGAGAAAAAAAAAUGGCGACAACUUAAAGGUCGCUAUCCAAUCGCGCUGGUAGCCGCGAAUUUUGUAGGUGUUUUUGUCGUUGGAAAGGAACACAUUUCGAAGCCAGAGCUCGCCAGGAAACUGGAUUAGAACGAAAACUUAAUUGUAAUUUGAAAUGCCCAAGCCGAAGUGAGAAAAGCUUCGAAACAAAAAAAACUAAAAAUUGAAACUUAUAUACAUAUUAAAUGUAAUGAUAAUAAUUAAUGGUAAAUUAAACUUUACACACCGAAUGAGAAACAAUUUUUUCGAGAUAGGAUUUAAACUGUGCAGCGCUAGAGGAAGCAAACAGGGCUAUAGGAGUAGGGGCGAGCGCGUGGACGACAAUUUUUAAGGGUGUAUCAUAGGGAAACAAGUGGGAAACUGAACGAUUUAGGAAGCUGGCAAGACACAGGAUGAGUGUAAACAUUAAUAAAAAUUCAUUAAAGAAAGAAGUAUGAAUGAUAAAGAAGUCAGAGUCGAGCCGCAAGUUUGUGUAUGUAAAACGAACGAUUUAAUGGUAAGGAAACUAAACUGUUUAGGGUAUAUUUUUAGCAAAGAUGUAGAAGGAAAAGCCUGUUUUUCCAUUAGUCAGAAACAAUUUCUUUCAGGUAAAGAUUGAAAGAAAGGCCUGGUUGACGCAUGUUCUGUUUCGUAAACUGAUUGGUUUGAUCAAUGUGGCUCAGUUUCCUAAACUGAGUCACAGAAAAAAAACGGUGACAAACAGCAAGCCUACAAAUGUUGUAUAAGUUUAGAUAAUCUAGGUACUUUAACUCCCUUUCCGGUUUCAUUCUACAACGUUUCAGACGCUAUCAGAUUAAUUGAUUAUUGUCUGAUGAAAAAAAAAAGAAAUCAUAUCUGCCAAACUUAUUUUCUUUUCUUGUUUAGCAACAUCAACUUAAGCAUCUUUGUUUUGUAAAAAAAAUCUUUAACUUUCCUCUUAAACUAUACGAUGAGAUUUGAAGAAGGAAAAAAAUCAUUGCAAACUGAUAAACGAGAAAAACCGAGUGAUUAAAUGCAUAUGAAUGCAAGAAACCAACCAUUGAGUAAAAAUUAUACUGACCAAGAUGAAGUCAUCUUGAAAAAUAUGAAUGAAAAAAAUGGCAUAUACAACAUACAUAUAGGUGUAAUAAGAAUGCAAGGAAAAAACAACCUAUUUUUAUCAUUACAUUUUUGUAUACACAAAACUGCAGCAGACAUUGAAAACACUCACGCAUAGUAAGGCAAAAAAAAACCAUCAGAAGAAGUAAACAGAAAAAACGGAAAAUUCCAAUAGUGAAAUAUCAACAGAUGAUACAAUGUGUAAUUAAUAAAAAAAAAGUGAAA